ACAUAGUCUUUUCAACCUGUGGUACAUAUAUAAAAUCGAGAAAUAGGUUAUGUUUUAUUUUGACUACAAAUUCAAUAAAAUUUCUGGAAAUGUCUUUGUUUAUUAGAAAAUUAUCCCAAAAUAAUGUUAAGCAUGUAGUCGCUAAGCAUUACGAAAGUCAAACUCUUAUAUUUUCAUCUAGAAAAUUAAGUAUCGUUCCAUCGGUGUAUGAUGGAGAGAAAGAUCCGGCUCCUAAAUUCUUUUCAAAAAAUGUGCAAGUGUUGUUGAAACGUUUGACUCGACCAGAUUUUGCCAAAGUAUUUCGAAAAAGAAAAAAUACAGAUCUACCUGUACUUCGCACGCCCAUCUACAAGUUCCUUACAAAUGAACAACUUGAAUCAGAAAUUGCAAAGGCAAAUAAGAAAGCUGAUAAAUUAUUACAAAUGCCACCUAUCGUAAAGAUACAAAAACCAAUCACUGAUGUGUUAUCCAAAGAUCCUGCCCUAGUCGGGUAUGACACUUCCAAAUUUGUAUUUACAGAUAUUACAUUUGGUGUUGCCAAUGAAAAUAGAAUUGUUGUGGAAAGAGAUCCAGAUGGUACUCUACAGAGCUGUGAUCAUGAAAUACGAAAACGAUUGAAUCAGGUAUACUUUCCAAUUCACGGACGUAAAAUAAAAGAGCCGCUGAUGUUUACUGAUACAGAAAAAUUCAACAGUCUACUUGAAAGACAAGAGUAUGAGUUUAUACUAGAUAGAGCCUGCAUACAAUAUGAGCCAGAUGAGUUUACAUACCAAAAAGUAACCAGUAUUACAUACCAACAUGUCGAUAUAAAUACUAAUUACAACUUAUUACGGUCGACUAGACAUUUUGGACCUAUGACCUUCUACCUCACGUGGCAUCACAAUAUUGACAAUCUCAUGUUGGAGUUACUGCAAUCUGGCACAGUCAGAGAAGCUGUACUACUGGUGGCGUUACGACAUGAGCUACAAGCUGAUGUUACUAAUGGCGAUGUGGCUCAAACGAUUGUUCAACAAAUCUUACCAACACCAGUGCAAUUAACAAAACCGGACCGCCUCACAGAAGAGGAUAUUCAAUUAGACAAUAAAUGUGUAGAAUGUAUAGAGAAAUACAUUGUGAGCAAUUCUGCUAUGAAGAGUCAGCAUGAGCUAGCUCUACAAGGCUUCAGGGAAUACUAUCAACACUUGAUCGAUUUGAGCAGAGGUUUACAAAAGGCCCACGGAAAAGUCUCCAAUUAAUAUUGCAUAAAUAUUUGAAUAUGGAUCUGCUCAGAUAAGAGAAACUUUUUGGCGUACAUUGUUGUCACUCAAAUCAUGACUCCUUUAGAGAAAAUAUUCCUCGUUUGUGGCGGUGUAGAUUCUUUAUAUAGGUAUAACGCACACAAGUCCCGCCAAACACAAAGUGAAAAUUUGUCUUCGAAAAAUUCUCUCAUCUGAUCAGACGUGAUGAGUGAAGAUGAUUUUUUAGUGAAUAAGUUAAAAAAUAAUAUUAUUGAUUUUUACUAUAGUUAAAUAGAUUAAAGAAUAAAUCUAGUUGAA